CAAUGUGAAAGGAUUUAUGAAAGAUAAAUAAAUGUUAACUACUUUUAAAUACACAUAAUUGUUUCAACAAAAUUAUAGGCGCAUUCAUGUAUAGGAGUUUAUUAAACUCCAGGUCUACACUAGGUGGUAGUAAUGAGAAGACACGCGCCAUUCAGGAAAAAGAAGAAGAAAAAAGGCGGAUGUCCUGUUGUUAAUGGUCGAACUUUUUCCACCAAGUUAGUUCGUUUUUAAGUUAAAGUUGGCGGUUUUAAGGUGAGCAAGACUGAAGUUUUACCUGUUUUGAGUGGAAAAGAGUGAGCAAAGAUGGUCUCCACCAUCCCCAACAUCGACGUGAGGCAGAAAGAUGCUGAUCAAGCCUUGGUGGUCGCCAUCUCGUCCUCUGCGGUGUUUGAGGCUUCUGAUGAUGGCGAUGGGGUGCACGGAGUGGGCGUGGCCUUUUCACUGCUGCAGGCUCUGCAGAGUGUGAAUCGACGUCUUCUGGCUGAAAAUCCUGAAGAGUCGCUGCUCUUUGACGUGCUUCUGAUCACCACGGACAGGAGGGAGCAGCAACAGAGCUCACGCAUCAUCAGCAGCACCAAACAUUACGGCUUGGAUGUCAGCAGGUUCUGUUUUUCCAGCCAGGACGACUUCAUUGAGAGUUUACUCCAAAAUAAUGUGCAGCUCUUCCUGUCGACAGAGCCAGAAGAAGCUUUACGUGUGUCCCAAGGAGGUGUUCUGUCUGCGCUGUUGGACCAGCAGAGGUCAUCGUGUCCAUCAGAGCAGCUCAGAGUCUUGUUCUGUGGUGAUGAUGAUGAUGGCGGCCUGGCCUCAGCAAACAGACAAGCUGCCCAGCGUUUCUGGUCUCAGUUGGGGGACAUACGACGAAGGUUCGGCAUCCUCGACAGUCCCCUCAGCAUCAUCGUGAUGACAUCCCACGGAGGGAGGGACAGCUGUGGCGAUGCCCUAAUGACGCUGCGUUCUCACGGAGUCAGCGCAGACGAAGCGUACUGCCUGGCAGGGGCACCGCGCGGCCCCAUCCUGUCCGUGCUGCGACCUCACUUCCUGCUCGGUGGCCUGCGGUGAUGAUGUUGCGUCGUCACAUGACUACCUCGCCAACAAGUUCUCACACGACCCUGAAUGUCACAUGUCGCUCAGGCUUAAAGGGACAAGCUUGCUUUUUUUUUUUUUUUAACAAAAUGUUUUAAUGAGCUCAUGACUGUCUUAUUUGUAUACGUAAAUACAUACUAUAUGUGUUACACAAAUAAUACUUUUAAUUUAAAUUGAUAUAUUUAUGCCCUCAUAUUUUCGCUCCAAUUUAAUAAAGUAUACAGAGGAAUAUUUGCUAAUUCUUUUAAA